AUGUUCUCAUAUACAAUAAACGGUGAUUCAAUGAAUUCAUAUUCAUAUGAUAAUUAUAAUCCAUCAUAUAAUGAUAAUAGAAAUUAUCAAAAUAAUUAUAAUGAUUAUAAUAAUAAUAAUAAUUAUGGUGAUAAAAAUCAUGGUAAUGAUAAUCAUGGUAAUAUACAUACACAUGGUAAAUUUAUAGCAUAUGGUAAUGCAGAUAAAGGUUUAAAAUAUCAUCAAAUUACAUAUUUUCAUAAAGGUAAAGUACAUUCAUAUGGGAAACAAAAUAUUAAAGCUAAAUUUAAUAUUGAAAGUAAUUUACAAACUAAAGGAAAAUAUAAUGGUAAAUUUGAUCAACUUGUUGGUUCUGGUAAUGGACAAUAUAAUGAAGGACAAAUACCAAUUGAAUAUGCUGCAGCUAGUAAUAAUCCAACAUAUAAUAAUGCUCCAUCAACUUAUGAUGAUAAUAGUAAUAGUAAUGGUAAUAAUAAUAAUGAUAAUAAUAAUAAUAAUAAUAACAAUUAUAAUGAUCAAAAUAAUGGAGGAUCAUCCGAUGAUAAUACAUAUUCUAGUGGAACAUACAAUGAUAAUUAUCAACCGUCAUAUUAA